CACUACUCUGUCCCGACCACCAUGAGGCCGCUGUAUCUUUCUGUUCUGCUCGCCGCGGCCGUCUAUGCUGUUCCAGCUGAGCAAGUGGUCAUCGGAGACGACUUCUCGGCCGUGGCAAAUACGAUUCACGAUGCCUUUGAAGGUGUGAAGCACGUUGCCCACCACACUAUCAAGCAUACGAAGGAGACGGCCACGAAGUGGGUAGACCUCUUCGGAAGGACGCGAGUUCUGCAGAACGGGAUCACCUACGAGCUCGUCCAGCACCCUGCCUUUAGUGAACACCAGUUGCGAGUGACAGAGCCCGAACUGUGUGAUCCGAAAGUCAAGCAAUACUCAGGAUACCUCGACAUUGCACAGGACAAGCAUCUGUUCUUUUGGUUCUUUGAGGCUCGCCACAACCCUGACAACGCGCCUCUGCUUCUCUGGCUCAACGGCGGCCCAGGCUGCUCGUCGUCUACUGGCCUUCUCUUCGAGCUUGGUCCGUGUGCUGUGGCCCAGGACGGGGCGAACGUGACCUACAACGAACACUCCUGGAACGCGAAUGCCAACGUUAUCUUCCUGGACCAGCCUGUCGACGUCGGCUUCUCAUACGCCGAGGAGGGCACGUCCGUGAACACGAGCCCCGUCGCGGGCAAGGACGUCUACGCCUUCCUGGAGCUGUUCCUCGGGCGCUUCUCCAAGUACGCUGAUGCGCCAUUCCACAUCGCUGCCGAGAGCUACGGCGGGACGUACGCACCGAACAUCGCGUCCGUCAUCCACACGGAGAACAAGGCUCUCGCAGCCGCGCGUGCGCUCGACGUCGCCGUGCCGGGGCUGCUACCUAUCAACCUCGCGUCUGUGAUGCUCGGCAACGGGCUCACGGACCCCUACAUCCAGCACGCGAGCGUCCCCGACUGGGCGUGCGAGGGCCCAUAUGCCGUCUAUGACGACCCCAAUGGUCCGGAGUGCCAGGCUCUGCGCGCAAAGGUGCCGACAUGCCAGCGGCUCGUCAAGAGCUGUUACGACUUCAACUCGCGCCUCACGUGCGUGCCAGCGAUCCUCUACUGCAACAGCCAGAUCAUGGGCCCGUUGAUGCAGCUUGGCUACAACCCGUACGACGUACGCAAGAAGUGCGACCGUGAGAAGGACGGCGAUCUGUGCUACAAGCAGAUGUCCUGGAUCGAGACAUGGAUGAAUCAGCCCUCGGUGAAGCGUGCGCUCGGUGUGAACCCGACUCGCAACUUUGAGAGCUGCAACAUGCAGGUCAACCAGGCAUUCGCGAUGCAGGGCGACGGCUCGCACAACAGCGCCGUGCUCCUCCCCGACCUCGUCGAAGACGGCGUCAGGCUGCUCGUGUACGCCGGCAACGCGGACAUGAUGUGCAACUUCAUCGGUAACGAACGCUGGGUCGAGCAGCUCGACACGCGCUUCCAGAAGGAGUUUGCGGCGAAGAAGGCAGCGCCUUGGGUGACCACCGAGACGGGUACGCUCGCAGGUACGGUCCGCAGCGCAGGCGGUAACGACGAGACCGCUGGCAACAUCACCUUCGUCACUGUCCACGAGGCUGGGCACAUGGUCCCGUACGACCAGCCCGAGGCUGGCUUGGACCUCGUGACAAGGUGGCUGUACGACAUCCCGCUCACGCUGAACGCGAGCGAGGCCGCAACGCGCGUCCCUUUCAAGGGAAGGGCGUAGGAUUUUCAUGUAAUACUAGUAUCGCCACUGUUCGUGUUUUGUAAGUGUGGUUUAGACGACUCGUCGAGAAAGAUCUUUGCAUUCGGAA